AUGGCUUAUGCAUAUAGCGAUGAGAGUAAUAAGCACCUAAAGGUUAAUUUCCAUUCGGAUCACGUGAAUCGCUGCCCGAGUUCAAGCUGCUACACAUCUUCUUCUCGCUCCUCUUCAUCACGUUCAUCAUUGCAUGACUGGGAUGAGCCAUACGACAUUGAAAAGGCCGAUGUUGGUUUGUUUACUGAAGCUACAAAACCUGGCCUAAUAGAGCCUCCGGCGCCUGCACCAUCACCUGAUAUUAGUCCACAGACUACUGUUUAUAGCAGUGAAUCAUCUUCACAAUCUCUUCAAAUUCCCUUGGCGAGCGGUCGGCCAUCAGGAUAUGAUCCAAAUCGACUCCCACCGGCUAUAUUUGCCGCAAAGCCUUCCUCGGCGAUGGAUUGGAGUGAAGCUUCCAAUGAAUCAUUGUUCAGUAUUCAUGUGGGGAAUAGCAGCUUCUCAAAAGACCAGUUUUUGGUCAUGCUUAACAAGUCUGGAGACCUGGGAAGGAUAGAUGAGAUCCACCUCAACGCUCCAACUCCCCUUUCGCCAGUUACUGAGACUCUGGAGACUAAGCCAAGUUUACAGACACUUGAAAUUGAUUCUCACAGUGUGGAAACAGAGAGCGUCGAAACUAGGAGUGAAAUUUCGGAGGAUGAGAACUUUGAUAUCAAUAUUGUGACAGGGAAUGUAGAGAAAGACGAGGAAACCAGAGACACAGUUAGGCUGCCUACUUUGGAGGAAAAUAAGGGGCGUACCAUUUCUCACCGUUCGAGUGAGAGCAAUCAUAGCAACCAAUCUUUCCAAUUUCCAGUGUUGGUAGGUCACCAUGAUCACCGUUACCAUGUAGAGCAUCCUUUACAUCAAGUAAAAGAGGAGAAGCAGGCAAUGAGGGCGCCUGAGAAGCAGCAUUAUCAACCAGAUGCCAGAAGCCCUCCUGAAAAAAAUGCACCAUUAAAGGCCACUGAAAGCGGCAGUUGUUGGUGGUCUUGCUUUUCUUGCUGCUGCAUCUGCUAG